AUGCAGGCUCCUGCCGCGUUUGCUCAGGUCUCCGUUGUCGCCACCGUUCACUAUGUGUCAUUUGGCUAUGUUGAACUGCUGGUGACGAUUGCGAUGGCCUUGUGUGCUUUUCAAGCACUCGUCGUGAUGCCUGCUCGAGAUGAUGGAAUUAACAAUGCAAGCCUUACGCUGAUGGCACAGAUGCCAGCUGCGGCUACGAACAACAAUGUUGAACGAGUACGCAAAGUGCCGGCAACCAACUCAUCAAAGAUAUGCAACUCAUCAAAGAUAUGCAAGGCCGAAGGAUGCUUACGGCGGGUGGCUCGACAUUGUAUCUCACAAUUUCGUUUCAACUUCCGACAUCCGGCGUGUUCCACUUCCGCCCGUCAUGGGAGCAUGUUUUGUAUUGCACACGGCGGUGGUCGGAGAUGUCGACAACCCGGCUGCACUAAAAGUGCAGUGGGCUCCACCAAGUUCUGCAAGGCCCACGGUGGAGGCAGACGAUGCUGCUUUCCAGGGUGUUUCUGUGCUGCACGCCCCGGACAACCGCAGAUGUGUAUGAAGCACGGAGGCGGCAAGCGAUGCGCUCUUGGAACAUGUCGGCGGAGUACCGUAAGUCGCAGUAAUUUCUGCGGCGAACAUCGACUCAUCGAUGGUGAUUCGGACGAGAAGAAUAAGCCCGGUCAGACAGGGCAAGCCGAAGAUGUACGGAAGAAAGGCAAUAUCAUCGGCACGGACAAAAGCUCCCAGGAUUUGCCGCGAGCGAGUACGAAGCCUAGAUUCACUGCGACCGAAUUGACUGUGCCGCCUCUGAAUACUUCUCUGGAGGAUUUUCGUAAUGCCGAAGACCUCAGACCUCCUUUGCUAUUCACGAUCGACGAGUCAGACAUGAUGUCAUGCGAUACAUCCGAUGAUGAGGAUGCAUGCGAUAAGGUUCUUCGACAUAUGUCACAAAUGACCAGUUUCACGAGCAACAAUCUGGCGUACAGCAACUCCGGGCGCGUUUCUCUCGGCAUAACGUGUAUUAUGCCUGGUUGCGAGAGGCGCAUCCGUAGCGGUUCGUACUUCUGCAUCAACCACGGUGGAGGUCUGAGAUGUAUGCUUCCCGGGUGCACGAGCUCCGCUCGCGACGGCUCCAUUCAUUGCAUCAAGCAUGGAGGUGGUCGUCGUUGUGUCGCUGCCAACUGCAGCAAGGGUGCAGUUGGUAAGACAGAUUUCUGCAAGAGCCACGGAGGCGGGCGUCGCUGUUUACACCCCAAUUGUGCGGCUCCAGCUAGAUCCGGAGGAGAGGUACAAAUGUGUCAGAGGCACGGAGGUGGGAAGAGAUGCAAGGAGAUGGGAUGUGAGAGGGUGGUGGCUGCGCGAAGUGACCACUGCAAGCAACAUCGGGAGCUUGCUCUACGGUCUGCCGAUUCGCACGGGAGUUGCGAGCCUGGUCUCGUCGAUGAAAGAUGGGCAGAAACUACGUGGUCGGCUCUCAACGCUCCAAGUCGUGAAGAACCUGAAGAAUCGGUGCAGGACGACGAUACGCUUCCCGAGCUCCCUGUCAGGAAGCCCAGCCCCAGAGGGGCUUGA